AACAACUUCCCGCCAGGUGUGGUACAUCCUCCCCACGUUUGCUCAGGUGUGACAGGUCUUCUCACCUGAGGUUCGGCGGUGGUGGUAGAUCGUUUUCUCCUCUGGACAGGUAGACAAGGUGUGUCUUUCAGCGGGCGAGUUUUCAGGUUUCUGUCUGAGUUGACCCAAAGUACCAAAGUUACCACAACUACCUCCAGUAAACCACAACAACUUCAACACCAACACAAGACUUGAAUCCCAGGAACCAAAUGAGGAGACAGUCCACAUGAUCCGAAUUGGAGGUGGCAACUGAGAGGCUAGUUUCAGCAUGAUGUCCCCUGGGAGAUGGCUGAAACAUGUGUGGCUCUUGUCAGCACCCAGACAGGGUCUGGAGGGGUAAACACACGCCAGUACAACUGUAGACUACCCUGACAAAAACGGCCCAACUAGAAAACUUACAGGCUUCUCAACCGGAUUUCAAAUGGAGACGUAGUCGCUGAUGUUGCGUAGAGUCUACCAAGUUGCUCUGUUGAUGUACACAACUGUUGUUGCUGUAGCAGGAGGCAAUACUAGAUAGCCAUAUGUAACGACAGCCUGCUGUGACAAGGUCCUACAAGCAAGCUGACACAUCUCACCACUGGAAUCCUGAGGACAACUUUGCUCUCCUGUUGUACCCAUUCUACCAGGUUGUUUCGUGGAUGGAAACUGCAAAGUUUAUCUCUUGACAUGAUGAUUGGCAGUUAGCUAACAUGUGGGUCCAACAAGCUCCAGUUUGAGCAGAUGCAGAAACAAGGUCGUGAUUCAACUGGCAUUACAGAGUCCUUAUUCACACAGGAUAUGUCAACUGGAAGAACUAUCGUGACGCCGAAAGUCAAGCUAGACAAGACAUCUUGCAGUUGAUUCUAGCAGCUGAAACGUUGGAUAUAUACUGUAUACAUGUAGUAAUAUUUAUUGUUGCUCUGUACUUGCAGUUUUUAAACAACUCUUACACAAGAGUUUGAUUAUUCUACAACACACAACAAGUUGUGUUUGAGACAAUUUUCUAACUUCUGUGAAGCGACAAAGCACAGAAAGAAUCACGAUGCAGUACCAGAGAGUGUUAGUACUCCGAAGGACACAGUGUUUAUGCCUGUUGGUGGUCGUGGCCUUGCAGACCGCCAGAGGAAACCAGCCAAGUACAGACCCACCCAGGGACCUAUCCAAAUACUACUGGAAAACAGGUCCGUGGGGUGACUGUAUGGGUAACAGCUGUGGAAGUGGUGGGGUCCAGACCAGGACCGUGUGGUGCGAGCACGCCGAAAACUGGGCCACGUCCGCGUCAGACUGCAACCACCUCAUCCAGCCGCUAAAACAACGGAGCUGCUUCCGCGUGUGUAAGGGACACCGGCACAUGUUCCAGUGGAGGACCAACGAAUGGGGGGAGUGCCGAGCGCGAGACUCGGACCUAAAAUCCGCGCUGAGAAAUGCAGUAGAGUGCACGUCGCUUGGCAUACAAGAACGUAACAUCACAUGUAUACAGAGAACUACAUCUAGUGUAAUGCCUGAUGGCAUAUGUGAGCAGUUUUUUCCGAAGCCGCAAGUAGAACAGAGCUGUGAGGUGCCCUGUCCACAAGACUGCGUGGUUUCGGAGUUCUCCGAUUGGAGCAAAUGUAGUACAACAUGCGGGGAAGGGACGCAGACGAGAGUACGGAACGUUCUAUUACCCAACCUGCACGGCGGCCGACACUGCCCGGAAUUGAUGAUGAUGCGAGUUUGCACCAAUAUACCUCCCUGUCGGGAACAGCGGAGGCACACCUACUACAUAAAAGUCGGACCGUGGACCGAAUGUCGAGAAGACUCCAAGCAGUCCAAAUCUUCAAGAUCAAGCAAAGAUUCAGAGGAUAAGUCAGAUUUAAGAGUUACAGCGAGUUAUAAGGAUGUUACUAAGUCUGAAGAUAAGGAGGAUAAAGAAGAUGUUCUGGACAGGCCAGGUGUUGGUUACAGAGUACGACAGGUGAGGUGCAUGAGGGAGGACGGACAGCAAGUAUCACUCAGUUACUGUUACCAAGGAGACGUCGUUGACCUUCCGCCGACGUACGAGUCUUGCGUCAUGCCACAGGACUGCCAGGUGUCGGACUGGUCACCAUGGGAACCGUGCACGUUGACGUGCGUGUCCGCGGGAGGCCGCCGUACAGCCGGGGUGCGCAGGCGCACACGGCGGGUGUCGGUGCUGCCCAGCGGGGAGGGGAAACUGUGCCCACAUCUGGAGGAAAAGGAAGGGUGUGGUCAUGACGAGGACCUGCCAGUCUGUCCAAGGUACAAGUGGAUAGGAGGAGCAUGGGGGAAGUGCCGUGUAGACCAGGUGAUGACCAGACAGGAGUGGAAGAUGGUGAACAGGUCUGGAUGUGGAGGAGGGGUCCAGCACAGGAGGGUCUUCUGUGUACAGGCUGGAGAUACAGAGAAAACCCCAGUGCCCACCUCCCUAUGUGGAGGUCCUGUCCCACCCAGUGCUCAGAUCUGCACUGUGCCCUGCCCUGAACCCUGCCUCGUCUCUCAUUGGUCAUCAUGGACGUCCUGCACACCCCUCAGCUGUAAUGGCACAACCGGAUCCAGAGGUUACAUGACCAGGACCAGGUCUGUGUUGAACUCUGACCCAGAGAAAGCGGAGAGUUGUCCCCCCCUGAGCGAGAACCUACCAUGUGAGGUACAGUCCUGUUACCACUGGCACGUCGGAGAGCCCAGCCGAUGUCUCAUCGUGGACACAACUCAGUCCUGUGGGGCAGGCAAGAUGUACAGAACCAUCUUCUGUGAGAACAUUGAUGGGGAUGACGUAGACGAUGAGUACUGUCAGGUGCUCGCCCCCCGCCCUAAGAACGAGUUAGACUGUCAUGUGGCCUGUCCUAACGACUGUGUACCAGGACAGUGGGGCCCCUGGUCCACAUGUUCUAAGCCCUGCGGCUCCGCUGGAGGUCGUCAGACCAGGACAAGAAACAUCAUCGCUCACCCAGGGGAAGAUGGUAAGCCAUGCCCACCCAAGCCAGACCUAACUGAGAGCAGACCAUGUAACGAGUGGGGUUGUACCAAGUACAGCUGGAUGAUGGGGGAGUGGAGGGACUGUAAACUACAGAGGGGCAUCACCUACUCACCACCAAAUAUUACAGGUGAGGGUAAGAUCUGCGGGUUCGGAGUGAAGAGCAGGAAAGUCUGGUGCAUGAAGGAAGGAGGGCAGCAGGUGGCUGACAAAAGGUGUCCAGAGAACAUGCGGCCAGAUGACCGGAUGGACUGUACGGUGGACUGUGAUCGGGACUGCCUGGUCACUGCCUUCAGCAGGUGGACACAGUGCCCAGACAACUGUGGGUCAGAAGUCACGCACCAGACGAGACAUCGUUACGUCCUGCAGCACCCCACCCCGGGGGGUAAGGACUGUCCGGACACCCUGCGUGAGCGCCGGCUGUGUGAGAACAUGCAGCAGUGUGGCGCCUACAAGUGGAAGACUUACCGGUGGGGCGACUGCCACCUCCCUCCCCACCCCGGGAACGAGAACAACAGGCAGCAGUGUGGCCGCGGCAUCCAGACCAGAGCCCUGUCUUGUAAGGAUGAGAAGGGAGAGUCGUCUGCGGUGUGGCAGUGUCUGAAGUUCGCGGGACCGAUGCCGGAGACGGCGCGGAACUGCACACUGGCCUGCGGGGAGGACUGCUCCGUGUCGGAAUGGUCCAAGUGGAGCCGCUGCGGGGAGGACUGCAAGGGGCAGACCGAGAGGAAGCGGAAACUGACUGGCCGGAGCAGAAAACAACCCGAGUGUCAGGACGAGUCCAAGUACCCCCUGACAGAACAGGAGCCCUGCCCCUGCCAAAAGUCUGCCGACUACACCCCCUUCCCCGUGGGGAAUUGGUCGGACUGUAUCCUCCCCGACCCCGAGGCCGGCGGACCUCUGAACUUCCGUGCGCGCCUGAAGAGAAAGUGGAAGGGUGAUUGCGGAGACGGGGUGCGGUACAGGGCCGUGCAGUGUUUUGAUCACAGAGGGAGGCUGGUGUCACCAUACUUAUGCAGUAAAUCUGGUUAUAUACAAGAAUCUUGCACAGAAGUGUGUCCCUCAGACUGUCGCCUUAGCAACUGGUCGCCAUGGACACCAUGUAGCCAAUCAUGUGGUACGGGGAAGACUGAACGGCAGAGGUGGCUCCGACAGAAACCCUUCAACCUGGGGAGAAGAUGUCCACUUCUCGAUUCUUCAAACAUGGUGACAGAGUGGCGGCCCUGCAGCAGGGGCUGUGGGGAGUACCAGUGGGAGACAGAGUCCUGGAGUAGCUGUAGCCUCUACAGCCUGGGGUCCCAGUCUAACUGUGGGGACGGCGUGCAGACUAGGAAAGUCAAAUGUGUACAGGUGUCCCGUUCCUGGUCCCAGGUAGUAGAUGUCAGCAUGUGUGAUGAGAAGACCAUGCCUCUGGGUGCCAAACUGUGCACGCUGCCCUGUCCUGGGGAGUGUGUGGUCGGGGAGUGGACGUCAUGGACCAAAUGUCCUGAGUACUGUGUGCCCGGCCAUGCCCGUGAGAGGAUGCGGCUGGUGGAGCGCCCUGCAGAGGACGGCUAUGGUGCCUGUCCAAACAGGACAGAGGAGGAGGCCUGUCAGGAGAACAGGAACUGCUUCAGGUACCACCUGAAUGUGUCAGAGUGGAGUCCCUGCCAGCUGCCCGCCAGCGCCGUGUGCGGCCCCGGCGUCAAGACGUUACUGGUGCAGUGUUACCGUGGUGAUGGCAAACUCGUGGACAAAGACCUCUGUAUACAGCAUGGCGCAGUUGGUCCCACAGUGACAGAGGAGCCGUGUGAAGUGAAGUGUCCCUUAGACUGCCAGCUGUCCCCGUGGUCCGUCUGGAGCGCCUGCACAACGUCGUGCGGCGCGGACGGGAUGCAGUUCCGAGAGCGGGAAAUCCUGACGGAGUCCUCUGGACAGGGGCGACCAUGCCCACCGCCGGAUAACCUGCACCAGCAGCGCCCAUGUGUGGCUAAACCCUGCUUCUCCUGGGCAUACGGACCCUGGUCUCAGUGCUUACUGGAUGGUGCGGAGUGUGGCCACGGUAAGCGAGUACGUGACAUCAGCUGUGUACAGGAGGAUGGGACAGUGGUGGAGGAUGACUUGUGUGUGUGGAAAGACGGGCCCAACAGUGACAUUCUCACUACUGCUGUCAUACUGCGGGAGCGGCCCUGUGUGGUGCCCUGCCCAGGUGACUGCUGGGUAACGGAGUGGUCGUCAUGGAGCUCCUGUCACCAGAGCUGCGUCAACGGACAGCCUCAAGGUGGAUCAGGCAUAGAGACCAGAUCACGAGCGAUCCUGGCACAGCCGUCAUCCGGUGGGAACUCCUGCCCCUCAGAUGUGUAUGAGACAAGGAAGUGCACAGACGGUUCUUGCUACCUCUUUGAGUGGAAGGUUAGCAGGUGGCUGGGGGAUGAGAGGAAGGUGUGGUGUCAAAGGUCAGAUGGGGUCAAUGUCACAGGUGGUUGUACAGACCUGUCCAGACCUGCCACCAGGCGCUUGUGCAUACCAGAAUGUAACCAGCCACACUCCUUCUGUAAACAGGGGGGCAUCUGUGGGUGUGAAGAGGGCUAUGUGGAAGUGCUCAGUACGGAUGGUCUACUGGACUACUGUGCUAAAGUAGUGAUCGAGAGCAACGGUCGAAUCACACUGGCACCCACCAAACGGGUUAACAGCGACGUGGAAGACUCGCCCAAUAGGAGGAGUGGAUUCUCCUUCGUUAAUGAGAAUGGUGAGCUGCACACCUGGGUAUACGGGGCCAUCGCUGCCACAUCAGCACUCAUCAUCGUUCUUGUCAUUGUCAUCGGCAUCGCAUGUGUUCGAAUGAAGAGGAGGUCUCAGAGAGAAAACCCCCACAUCUCGGCUAUGAAUGGUUCGGUCAAGAGCGGCUACAGCUACAAACCCAGCUCAAGGUCGUCCCGAUCCUCAAGGUCAUCCACGUCGUCGAGCGGCAGCUUCAAGCCGAUUGCCAACGCGAAAAAGCCGAACGGCAACCACAGAAAAGCGAACGGAAAAGUUGUCAUCAAGGAUCACCAUGUUCACUUCUCGCCCUCCACUGUGCCAAAGAAGUCUUACAUAGAGAGAUACAAUGCAGACAUGGACACGUAGCUGUCUCUAACUCCCCCUGGAACGAAGUGGGAUAUUCCAACUGAGAUUCCUGGGAGAGAACGCUUUUAGUUUUGGAGAUGUGUAAAUAAUUGUCAUACGUGACUUUUGUUCGGUUAUAUAAACGUCCUGUAUAUUGAAUUUUAACUCACAAUGUUUCGUUUUUUAGGCCUUUAACGAUAUACAGCAAGGUUAUUUUUCUAUGAUAGAUAGCGCUUUUUAAAAAAAAGAUUUCAAGUUAUGACAUUGAGGGCUCACAAGAAAAUGCCUUUUGUUAUUUUUAAGUUCUUUUUGCACUUUGAGAUUCUAUUUUCACUUUCUGCUGAAGAUAAAGCAUGGAUAUUUUAUUGUUGCCAAAAUGUGUCGGAUAUUACUUUUAUCAUCCAUGCACUUGUUAUCUUUUAUUCAGCUAGCAUAGUUCAAACAAACUUUAUUUAUUGUUUUCCACAACAAAAACAAACAAACUAUAUCAAAACAACUGUGCUUCUUUCCACAGUGUUCAAGACAUCAGUUCUGUCAGUUUGGAUUUGACAAAAAUAUGAAAAUUGUGCUCUAAACACCACAGUGACUAUUGUCUAGCAGAUUAUGGAGUAUUAAGUAUAUCAAGGCAAUGUGCCUACUAGCAUUUUAUACAGGGUGGGAGGCAAGUGAAACCAGGCAGCUACUGUAACAUUUUACCCACCACACACUGGAUUGUGUAUCUUUUAAAAGGUUGUUCGAUUUCUGAGGAGAAUUGAAAAUAUCCCCAUAAACGUUUGUUGAAUUUUGAAGAAAAAUAUAGCAAAUCAGAAUGAAGAAAAAUUGACUUUUUUUCGUCAUGAAACAAGCAAUAUGCAGAUAGCAAUAAUUUUUGUAAGUCCUGCAAUUAGAUGUCCUUAGUAACUGUAUAUACACUGUAAAUAUUUCUUACUUUUCUACCUUUACUUUCGACUUUGUAUCUAACAUAUCUUGAUGCCAAUAUUCGUUUGUGCAAUUACUUAUUGAGAUGCCAUAGUAGGGAAUAGAAGUUAAGCCUAAAUUUUAAGCUGAAUAUUAAAUGUCAUGUAUGACUUUGCCCUCAAACAUUGUGUAUGAUACAUGGUUGCAUUUUCGUAAAAUAAUGACGGUGGUCAAUUUCAAGUUUUAAAAUACCCGGCAAUUAAGUCACAAGCCGCAAAUGUGUAUUAUGAAUUGGCAAAUCUUCUCGAAAAUAUAGAACACUGGUUAAACUUGAGGUUUAAAACCAUUGUUCAAGUCCAAAACUAUGGAUGUGAUAUUUUUCUAGUCUCCAAUAUUAACACUAUUACAGAAUACACUGUAGGAUAGAUAGUAACUGAUGAUAAUAUAGUUAUCUUUGGUCCCAUGUGGAUUUUACAUUAUUUAUUCAAAGCAGACUUUCAGCACAUAUUUUAUCGCAGCUUUUGCCAUAAAAAGCAUGAAGAAAUCCUUAUUUUCUGACACAGUCUGUAACAUAUCCAUAACAAUAUUUCAUGCAUGGCAAUGAAAUAACUGCAGCUAGAUAUAACGUUAUAUACAUGUAUAGCAAAGUGCCUAGCUAGGAGGAAUGCCUUCUGGAUAGCUGAUAAAGUUGUACACAAUUCAUCAGCUGUGGAAAAUUAAAGUCAUCAACAAAAUA